AUGGUUGAAGUUACCAUAUACUUUCAUCAUGGUGGUGAGUGGCUAACCAGUCCAGAACCACAUUAUGAUAGAGGAUGUGUGACUUAUUGGAAAGGGUAUGAUCCUGACCUAAUAUCUUUUAUUGACUUAGUGAAUGAGUACAUUAAUAAGUUAGGUUUUGUUGGUGUGCAAGAACUUAUUGUACUUGCUCCAACUGGGAAAUAUUUUGAAAUAAUAGGUGAUGAGGGAGUUAAGACCUUAACAUCUUUUAUCUCUACUGAGUAUAAAUCUAUUCACUUGUUUGCUACUGAAGAUUGUGAAUUGUCUGUUGAUGUAACUGAUAUUAUCAUGCAUGAUGGGUCAUUUCUACUUUCACCAAUUGUUAAUGAGGGCACAGACUGUAGUGAAAGUGAAGAUGACAGUAAUAAUGGAAUGGUGUUUAGUUGUUCAGAUUAUGAUACAGAUGAAUUAGAAAAUUUUGUUACUAAAAAAAAAAGGAAUAUAACUGAUAGUUUGCAAGAUUAUAAGGAGAUUGUUAAGGGUAUGGCCUUCAAGGACAUAGCUGAAGCAAAACAGUUUUGUAAACUUUAUGCUCUAGCUAAGAAGGUAGAACUAGUUGUGGUGAAAAGUGAUAAAAAAAGAUUGAGGUAUACAUGUGUUGCUGAUGGCUGUCCAUUUUUACUUCUUAUUUCUGGGGAUUUGACCACUCCUGGAGUUAGUGUCAAAACACUUGUAGAUCAUAUAGAGUGUGGAACAGCAUAUGAUAACUCUUUAGUAGAUUACUCAACAAUAGCCUUGUAUUUUAAGGACAAAUUGCAAAGUGACCCCAAAUACAAGGUCAAAGAAAUGAAGGCUGAUUUACAUAGAGUUUUUGAGCUAAAUGUAAGUGAAGCAAAGUGCAAGAGAGCCAAAAAAGAGGUAUUGGAGAGUUUAGAAGGUAGCUUUGUAGACUCUUACAAUAAGUUAGAGGGUUAUGCUACUGAAUUGAGAAGUUGUAAUACAGGGUCUGACAUUGUGAUAGAUUUGUCUAAACAGGCACUAUCUAAUGGUAAGAGAAAAUUUCUUAGGAUGUAUAUCUGCUUCAAGGCAAUGAAGUUGGGUUUUAAGUCUGGGUUAAGACCACUUAUUGGGUUAGAUGGUACAUUCCUUAAAGGGAAAACUAAGGGACAAGUAUUGUGUGUUGUUGGUCAAGACAGUAAUAACUCUUUCUACCCUCUAGCUUGGGCUGUGAUAGAUAAAGAGACUAAGAGAACUUGGACAUGGUUUAUGCAACAUUUGCAACAUUCCCUUGAACUUCAAAAUGGUGAAGGACUGACAUUCAUAUCAGAUAUGCAGAAGGGGCAGCUUGAAGCAGUAAGGACAGUCUUACCUGAAGCACAUCAGAGAUAUUGUGCAAGGCAUAUUGAGGCAAAUUGGUGCAAAAGAUGGGGUAAAGGUGAGCUGAAAAAGUUGCUAUGGUGGGCUGCAUGGUCAUCAUUUACAGAGGAGUUUGAGGACCAACUUCAAGAGAUGAAGGAAGUUAAUGGAGAGGCUGGACAGGAUUUAAUAAACAAGUAUCCUCCCAAAACAUGGUGCAGAGCUUAUUUAGAUACAGUGUGCAAAAAUCAGGCUGUGGACAAUAACUUUACUGAAUCAUUCAAUGCCUGGAUACUUGAAGCAAGGUACAAGCCAAUUAUUGGAAUGUUGGAAGACAUCAGGGUCAAAACAAUGGAGAGGCUGGCAGCAAAAGAGUUGCUGUGA